AUGUCGGGAGGUGGCUGGACGCUCGCUGCUCGGUUUUCGAACGCUGAUUCUAAAAACUGGAUGCGAGAUGAUGCUUACUGGUGGUAUGACAUUCAGUCGUCACAGGGCUCGCCUACCAGCACUUCAAAUAACUACGAUAUGAUAUCGGAAACGUUUUGGAAAGUCAAAGGAGAUAACAUUAAGAUCACUCGAAGCGACGAUGGCUCACACUCUGCCCUUCUCCGUACUUACUCUAAUUGCUUAAGUUACAGAACCCUAAGAGGGUUUUUGUCCAGUUAUGGAAGAUUUACAUAUUCCAAUCCCUGGUCUAAUAAUUACUGCCGCGGAAGCUGUCCAGUGUAUUUUGGAGGCCGGUAUAGUUCCAUGCCAGAGUUCAAUCAAGCGCACUGCAGCAGCAACAUUCAAGGAAGCAGCCGCAUUGGGUUCUGGUGUCAGUGGAGCACCGGUGAUGGUUCGGUGAUGAUGUUUGGUGGAGGAGGAAGUGGCUGUAGUAGAGCAGAUCAUGGUAUUGGUAUUACUGAAGAUAACGAUGGUUCGUUUGAUUCCUCAGGAACACCAGAGUAUGAUUUUGGUUAUGAUGCUGAUUACUUGCCUUCAUAUUCAUACUCCUUGAAUUUGUGGAUUCGCUGAAUAGAAUAGAAUGGAAUGGAAUGGAAUGAUAAGAAAAGAUUAGUCAGAAUAAAACAAAAUAGAAGAAGCUCCCUAUAAGCGCUUUACAGCCACAAUAUGACUAAAAAUUACAGAACAAAACUAGUGUGCCUAAUAGUUAUUAAAAAUAAAAACACCAUAUUUUGAAACGAUCAAGGCGAAUUUCUAUUUCCGCACUCCCACAUUUUAACCAAUACUUUAACACCGUUAAAUCAGUCAAAAGGGUCCCACUCCCCGUUUAAAGUCUUUAUCUACGUCAUUAUCGGGUUCAUUAAUGUAACAGAAUGUAACGAGUGAUUAAUCGUAGCAAACAAAAAUAUUUAAUUAGGUAGGUUGCGCGUUGUAUAUUCGAGUUGUCCUUAUGAAAUUACAUUGAAUGGCCGGCAGUAAGACAUAUUCAAACCUUAUGCCACUGUAGUGUGUUAAUGAUUAAAAGCUGUGUCCUGAUUCUACCAGUGAUACUAGCGUUCCUUUUUGGGAUCUAGAAUGUCUCGGAAUUUGAAAACUUUUGAGGCAAUUAAGCAGGUCUGUGGUGUCUUACGUCUACUUUUAAUGUUUUAUAUACGACCAAGUAAAUUUUGAAGCCAACAGUUAGCGCAAAAGCUUACAUCAAAGAUACCUACCCUUUUUCUCUAUUACGAAAUUAAUACUUUUCGAACUUUUUAAAUUCAUAGGAUAACCUGUAUGUUCUGAACGUGCGCUUGCUUUUGUCGGAUUACGCAAACACGAAAGUGGCGGUAGUCUGUGCCAAGCUCUCGGUCAGUGGAGACCAGCGAAAAAGAUGCGGUUUUCGCGCAGUUUUUCUCUAUGCGGCUUUCCCCACUAUCUUGGAACCUGGAACAGGCUAAAGUGGCGGCAGCGAAAAGUUAAUUUAUAAAGUGAAUCCACUCUUUUUCAAACUACUGCUAUAACAUUGGUUCAGUUUGUCAAAUGUAGGCGAUCUUUCUCAAGUGGAACUCUUAUGGACCGUAUCCAAGUUCACUAAGAACUAAAAAAAACAUUGUCGCCUUGUGCUUACGUCGUGUAUAAAAAAAUGGUCAAGUUCACGCCGUAAGCUUGCAGUGACAAAAGAAAAUAUACCGUGUGAUGUACGCGUUGAGUUAUUGUUUAACUUUUUAAACUAAAUGUAGUUGCCGUCGCCUUUGUAGUUGUUUAAGCUUCCGCCGUUGGUAAUAAUGAUCACUAUGUAAUGACUCAGGAAACAAUUUAAAUGCAAAGCUUCGGUAAAACGAGCAACAAAAACGAGCAGCUUGAAUUUUCAAAAUUGCCGCAAAACGAGUUCAAAAGCGAUUUUGCGCGUUCAAAUCUGUUUACAACCUGAUUUUUUGAUAGACAGGUUUGAGCAUUCACGUGGGAUAGUGUAGGUGGCGAGGUAAAUUUCCACCACUAGCCACCUCCACUUCGGUGAAUAAUUGCUAUUUAUCUGAUUUAUCAGAAUCAUAAUGUAGAUGUUGUAGUUCAUUUUUUAUCUCAGGUACUUUUUGUAUUUCUUUUGUUUUUUGGUAUAUGAUGAUGCAUGCUAACGAAGUUGAAACAAAGGAUCGAAAAAUAAAAAUUACCUGAGAUAAUUAAAAACUCAACUACAACAUAUAGUUUAGCCUAGUAACAAACGGUUCUAAUUAAUGUGGAAACUGCUUAUCACAAAAAUUGCAUGUUUUGACAAGAUCCAGGUGAAUUUGUAUUUCGCUAUUUCGUAUUAAACUCAGUUUUAACACUAAUAGUACUUUGAAACCGGUAAAUCCGCCAACGGAACCCCCCCUUUACUACCAACCCUUUAAAGUCAAUAGUUACGCUACAGCUCUCAGUUAUAGCAUUCAUUAAUGUUACAAAAUAUAAAAUGAUUAAACGUAACAAACAAAAAUGGUUAAUUGGUCCUUGCGUUUGCCAUUCUACACUUGUCCUUGUGAAAUUGAAUGACUGACAGUGAAGCCGCACUUAGUUUUCAGACCUUUAUGCCACUGCAGUAUUGUGACUAUGGGAAGAGGCAGUGUCCUGGUUCUACCAGUGAUACUAGCACUUCUUUUAGGAUUAAGGAUUUGUUACACUUUGAAAACGUAUGAGCCAACGAAAGCAGGUUUGAGGGUCUUACGCACGCUUACUUUUAACGCUUUGUAACUUAAUGAAUUUUGUAGCAGUUGGUUUGCGCAAAGCUAAUAUAACUUCCCGUGCUCAGUUACCUCCAAGAUGAAAUAAAUAAAUUUCGAAUUCCUGGCUUUCGCAGAUUGCAUAUAACCUGUGGGUUCUAAGUGUGCGCGUGCUUUUGUCGGUAGGUUGCAACAAUAGCAUGAAUAGGGAGCUUACGCCAAGGGGGAGGGGGGGGGGGGGUUAGAGUGCACAAAGAUCAAUGAAAUAUGGUUUAGACGUUCGGGGUGUGGGAGGAGUGGAUAUUGGCUGGGGUGUGUGGGGGGGGGGGUGUUGUGGUGGGGGGGGGGAAAAACGAGAGGGAGGGGGGGGCGGGGGGGGGGGGGGGGGGGGGGGGGGGGAAGCUACUUCCCAUACAUUCUCUUAAAUGAAAUCCAAACGAUGUUCUCACAACUUGCAAAGCGAUCAGCAAGGGUCUUGCCAGCGGAUUUGUGUACUGAUCAUGCGCAUUACGUCAAAAACCAUAGAUCAACGGUCUUGAGAAAAAAACAAAAACAUGGCAGUCGAAGGCGGGACUGUUUCCCACUAUUAUAUUUUGGUAAUUCGCAAAUUUAUUGAUUUUAUGUCGCUUUUCAGACAUAGUGUGUGGUUUUCUUUUUCUGUUAAACCAUUUCCCUUUGUAGAGUUUGGAAUAUGCAACAUAUAGCUAGCUCCGUAUAGCUGCAAAGAAAAGGCCGCCGAAGAGUUGAGCUAUCGAGCAGUGUGUUUUGCUGCAAACCUUAGGAAAGUUAAAGUCGCUUCAAGGUACAGAGCUUUCCGUAGUAGUUGUGAUUUGUUUUAGGAUCGUUUUGAAUUUUAACUUUGGAGUCAAGGUGUUGACUGAUCGAAAUAAACGAAGUGAAAUGUUAUGAAGUUUUAAUAUUUAUUCAGUUAUGAUAUGUAGAGCAGUAAGCUCAUAUUUAUAAAGCUUUCUUGAAUAUACUUGCUUCCGAUAAAUUUGACACUUGUUCCAGUAAUUUUUGUCAGCAUCAAGUUAUCCUUGCCCGGCAAAAACGAUGUAACUUAUAAAUAAAUCCAUCGAGCGCGUUGUUGUUGGUUAGCUAACCUGGUUACGUUUUAGUUUCUUCCGCAUUUCAGUACCGAAAGACAAAUACGAUACGGUAUGCAAGAAAAACAAAGUUGCAUGAUAUAUUUUUUUUCAAUUUUUUAAGCAUUUCUGAUUUCCUCUGUCGGUUCGCUUCAAUUCUUGCUUCUAAAAUAUUUACUGUGGGAAAAAUACUGUAAUUAUCCGCUGACCACCACACUGAGUGACCGCUUUGCAAGUUGUGAGAACAUCGUUUCUCGGUCCCAGACCUCAUCUCCCCCCCCCCCCCCCCCAAAAAACCCCCCCCCCCUGCGCAACCAACCACGACAGCGGGCGAACACACCCAUUUAUAAAAAAGUUUAAAAAAACCGCCGCCGGCUUACGCAAACACGAAAGUGACGGCAGCGAAAACGUCAUUUAUAAAGUGGAUUCCGGAUCCGGCCUUUUCAGCUGAACUAUUGAUAUACUCUAUUAACUUCAAUUUGUCAAAUGUAGACAAUCUUUUCUGGAGCCGAAUUCUUUUGGACCAUACCCAAGUUAAGAACUGAAAAGAAAAAGAAUAUCCAACAACUCAUAAAAUAGAAAGAAGACAAUCUGACCUACAUAUGCUCGACUGCAAAACAGCAUAAUUAUAUACUUUUUAGAAAAUAAAAUACACUUGUUGUUGAUUAAGGCUGUUUGACUUUCUCCGCCUUUUCCUAGCUACUAAAAAAUAGAGAGAUUUUGAGUCACGCUUUAAUACGGCAUAUGGCAAACGUCAGAUUCAAAAUGAGAAUUCAGCUGAAAGUUUCUCAAAAUAGAAAAUAACCAGAUAAAACAGCUCAGAACAAUUGAAAUGUACAAAAAUUGCGUGAAACAAGUAAUUUCUGAGUAAAAGCAAUGAACAGUAAACAACAAUAAAGGGAAAAGUUGGUCACGUAGUAGUGCAAAGAUCACGUUUCCCGUUUGAAGUAAACGGGAUUCUAAAAUUAUGUGCAAACAAUGUGUCUAGCCCUUCCUUGACAGAGUACGUGGGCAAUUACUAAUGAUUUUUGUUGUGUAGGCGUAACAAGCAAUGCUUCAAUAUACUCACACCCUAUUUUGCAAUAUCAAGAAGGAAGGGAAGAAAACAAAGAUGGGUCUAACCUUUUGGUUCAACAUCGCGUCAGAAAGGGAGUUGGUGGGUAAUUUCAAUUUUAACUGAGAUGCUGACAUGUGGGAGUUCUUUUUCUUUUAGGUAUCGGUCAAAGAAAAAAAUCAGAGUUGGUUUGCAAACAAAUAACCAUCCUAUAUAUUUGUCUAUUUGUUAUAUUAUUAUUUGUUGUUUACUGUUGCUUUUAUUAUUUACUCUUGUUUUGACAUGACGCGGAGUUGACAUACGACCUUACCUUGGAACAAAUUCAAUACAGCUAGUACUGUGAUCGGAAGAGUAAUCUUAAACACUGAUCGCUGUUGGACCAACACUUGUAUUACAGCUUAGUUCUACAAUAUACCGGCCUGAAAAAUAUCUCAUUUUCAGAGGAUCUCCUACUUAGAUUGUUCCGAACGCCCUUUUACAACAUUUUCUCGGUAAAAACUGCAGUGAAAAUAAACACUUGCAUUUUUUUUCAAACAGUACUUAACAACGUUUCAGAAGUUUUCGUUCAGUUGUUUUUGUUGCUGAAGUGUAGUUGUGUUUCUUAUGCAUUUUGUUUUUUUUUUUUAUUGUUCAUUUAGUUGCUUUUUUUCUGUAUUGGCUAGACUGUUGCAAGUUCAGGUACUUUUUCUACCACAGGUAAUGACCUAAAUGAAUUGAGGGACAAAGCAAAAAAAGCUAAUUCAGCUUACAAAUGGAUAAAAGUGAAUUGGAAGAAAAUUUUUGUGAUCAUUGUUGCGAUAUUUGCAUUGAUUGUUGUCGUGGGAAUCUAUCGAAGGUGUUUCUCUGAUUCAGGGUAAGUUGAAGUCUUUUAAUGACCGUUAUGCAAAAAUACAUGAAUUAGCACUGACACAGGUACUGACAUAAAAGAUCGGGAGCAGUGGAUAGGAUUAGAUUAUAAUUAGUUGACUUCGUGAAUCUGGCUGGUUAGGCCUUUGUUGCAUUGUUCCCCUAAGUAUAUAUACAACCCGGUGCUAGCGAAAGGCUGCGUCAGGCUGCGUGUAUUAAUAAACUAUGCACCCAUUGCUGUGCCAAAAAAGGGAGAUCUGCGUAAUUCGAUUUCAGGUCUAGCUUACAGAAUAACUGCCACAGAAAAUGACAUAUGAAUCUUCCACGAAAAUAUACUCGUCUGGCUAUAAAUCAAUUGCGUCUUGACUAGAUCGAUCGAAUUACCGGCGGAGCUUAAUCUCCAUCUUAUCCAGGGUCCGAAAUUGCGCCUUCCUGGUCGCCAAUGCGACUAAAAAUGUAGUCCUGGUGACCAGAAGUUCAAAGCUGGUCGCCAGCUAGCGACUUGUAAAGCUGGUUGUUAUUGUGGAGAAGAAACUGAUUAAGAAUUGAAACCUCGAAGCUAUUUGCAAACAGGUGUCUUCCGUUUUGUCCUGCUGAUAUUUUUUAAUUAAAAGUGAAACGAAUCUUCCUGUAAUAAUACCUCCACAACAGCUACGAUCAAUACGAGUUGGACGUUUCCAAGCCGCCAUGUUGUUUUCAGCUGAAAUACGGUAAGUACGUUAUGUACUUUGUGGACUGGUACGAGUAAUGUGGUACAGUCGUGGCCUGGUAUGACAUGGCGGCUUGACUCGUGUUUACGUUUCUUGGUAGUUAUCGGAGGAAAAUAGAGUUUUGACAUGAUCAGUGCAGUCAUGGGCAGACAGCUUCUGUUCCUACGUUCUAGGUCAGAUAGCUUUAUAUCUCCAACAAGUAAUUUAUGGAGAAAAUAAGACUUCACUCGUACACGUACGGUUGCUUUCUGGUAUUGGGAGCGAAAACGUCCAUACCAUGCAUUUUUUAUUCGUGUUUAAACUUUUAUUGAAAAAAAGGGAGGGGGGAUUUUUAGCGACCACAAUUUGCCCUCUGGCGACCAAAAAUUUAUACUUGAUCGCCAGUUGGCGUCAGUAUUAAAAAGUUAAUUUCGGACCCUGUUAUCUAAAUUAUUGCGGUCUCUUGCCUUUGUUUAUAUUAUGUAAAGAUAAUGUACACUUUAAGUGCUGCGACCGUCCGUUCAAUGGGUAAAAAAUUCACUUACAGUAUCAGAUUAACAUAACGACUCGAGAGGAGGAGUAACUUUAAACUGUCCAUAAAACCUCCAGUGUUAUUUUAGCCCUUUUUUUGCCAUUUUUUAACUGAGUUCGACAGCUUCGUGAAAUAGUUUUCAAAGAAGAAUAUCAGUAUAUCUGCUGCAAUUUUGUCGUUUUUUGAUUUUUUUUUUUAGCUCUGAUGAAGACGACGUUCAACCCAAUAUUGUCGUUUUAAAAAUGCAAAAGCCAGACACGAAAGGCAAUGGUGAAUUUGACGACCGGAUCGUGAGGGAAGGACUCACUCAGGGAAAUAAUCAUGGCACAUGGGAAGGAAAAGGUCUCCAAAAGGCCACUCAUGACUCUGAGAUCAAAGGUCACACAGGCAAAAAGGUCGCAGAUAAAUUGGCAACUACUGGAAAAGCUCGAAGCCAGACCUUAAGAGCCUUCGCCACGUCAAGAAACGUUUAUUUCAAAGACAUAAUAGACUUCGCACCUGCGACUUCAAACUCUUUUUUUAAAAAUGGCGGAUUCAUCGUCUUAAGAUGGAUAGUAUUCCUGUUUCUGGAUAUACUACUUUUCAGCAGGGAGACUUUUCUUUGCUCUACUUUCAUUUCUCUAAGCAGCUUUUCAAAGUGAAAGCACAGGCAGACCAACUAAGCGUCCAAUCUACAAUGACCCGGCAGGGAAGCCUGAGCAAAGGUCCCUUUCCGUUCUACGAGGAAAUACCGUUGAUAAAAAUGUUGGUAAUGUCGUCAAAAGAAAAAUACUGUGACGAUUAUGUGCCAGUUGCUCACACAAACACCAACAUACCCUUGACUGUUUCACCUUAAAAAGUGCAUCUUCUGUGCAAAAGAUCGGACCUCCGGAUAUCUUGUUGGACGUACGUUUAACCAGUCAAUCUGUCGUAUCAAGUAACAAGUAUAUUUCCUUAGCCCACGUGGCUCAGUAGUUGUAGUUCUUCGACGACGCCCCUUUUUAUUAUUUGAAUUCAAAGGCAGAUCAAAUUAUUCAGCAUCAAACUAACUCAGAUUCAAACAGUUUCUUGUUAGUACAGUUUUUUCAACACGUCCUUCCUGACAGUGGAAAUCAAUUUGGUUGCACAAAUUUCACAACCAAAGUUAGGAUAAGGACUUAAAAACAAUGCUCUUUUAGAACUCCUUAUGUUAUAAUGCAGAAUCUGCAGGCGCCUCCCCUGGAUCUGUCACUGUUACUACAGGUGAUCUAUAUCUGGCAAAACUCAUUUUGUUUACAAACAACAGUCAUUCAAUCAGCUGAUUAUUAAUGACUUCAACAUUCUGCUGAAAGACUAUGCAAAUAAAACCUUUGCCUGCUGGCCAUGUUGUGUGUUUUGAUAACAUCAGGAUGACAGUUAAAUGCCUUCAGGCCAGUUAUUCAAAGGUCGAUUAGUACUUAACCCGAGGUUAAAUUUAACCCGGGUUUCUUUUUCCUGAGUUUAAAAGCAUUUUCUCGGAUAAUUUUCUCUGUUAUUUUUAAAGUUUUCAAUAAUCAACUUGUUGACAAAAAGAAUUAAAACUGAAAUGAUUUUUAUGCUUUCAUAUCUGAAUUCAAAUCUCGCACUAACCCAAAAAGGUUAGUGCGAGAUAGCCCCACACUAGAGAAAUUGAGCCUACACAUAUUUUUAGUCACAUUUAAGCAACUCAAACAAUGUAGGGCCAUCACCAGUGUCAAAUACUUGAUUUAACUUAAAAGCCACUUUACAACACAAUCUGUUAAUCAAGAGUAACCACUCACUCUUGGUUCUGAACCUUCCUGUCUUACACAGUGUCAUAAUGUGAAUACCACGAAAGCCAGGAUGCAGGCCUGAUGAAGUUACAUUGUGGUCUGUGUCUCCAGCUUCGGGAUUACAACUGUUCACAAUUAGAAACUUUCCACCUUUUAUAUGAGUUUAUUUGCUCGCAAAUAAAAAAAUUUAUGUCACCUACACAAUAAUAUGUAGUUAUUUACACAGUUUAAUGUAGGGUCGAGGUGGUUGAUUUUGUGACCUGAUAAUGUUCGUCGACAUGUACAGGUGAUUCUCUUGACCUUUGCUUCUUACUAUAUAAUAGGCAAAAGGUACAGUCAUGUAAAGUAUCGAUCACAAGAUAAUCAGGAGAUCUCAGGGACCACUUAUAUCCCUGGAACGCGUUCAGUAAAAUUACUAUAGUCCUCGUUCCGUACAUUUACUCAGCAUGUGCAGUAAUUUUACUCUCCACGUUUUCAGUAUGUAAAAUUACACAAUCGCAUGAUCGUCUUUCUCGAGGAGUUAUAAGGUGUGAACAACUUCAAUUCCACUCACAAUUUGCAAGCUCAAUCUUCGGACGUUCAAGAAAUCAACCCACCUCCACCCCAUUUCUCCUCCAAUGUGUAAUUAAGUUUUGGUUUACAUCAUGUUUUGCCUUUUAUCGUGGCCCUCACCUUUGCUAGAGCUUAAAUAAAUUACUUUUAGUUUCUUAUUUCUUGGAUUUCUUAGCUAUGUAAAUAAAAGCGGCCAUCUGGAAUGGCCAGAAUUUUAAUCCCAACUGUUUGUUGCUAUUUUUUAUGCACUCUAGCAAACUAAGCUUGGCUGUUGACAUUAAGUGCACUCGGAGUUGGUAUUAUUUUACCAUAUUCGUGAAAGGGGACAUAAAAGAACUUUAUGACAGUUUUCCAAGACUUUGAUCAUUUCAUCAUCGGUAAAAAUUACAAACAAGUUUUUGACAAUGAUGGUAUCCACUUCUGUUGAUUGCGGCACAUCUUUCAGGAUAUUUCCCAUAGUAAAUGUUAUUCGAUUAUCAGGAAAUCCCUCUUUUGCUAACAACUUUUGGGCACGCUCAAUAACACCUGGGAAAUCGAAUAGAACCCCGUUGACGUUUCGUUUUAUCUAUAUAAGAAUUGUUCUGGACAGUUUUUAUCUGUUUAUUUUCUAUUCUAAGAAAUUCUCAACUUGAAUCUGACGUUUGCCGCCAACGUGACUCGUAAUCUCCCUAAUGUGUCCUUCUCCCCCUCCCCCUCCCCCUUCCCCUUCCUUCCUAUUUUUCGCUCUCGUCCCAGCUUUCUACGCAAGGUCACGCGGAAACGCUUUUACUGGUUCCCUGAGUGAGCGCCUGAUUUUUUCUUCCAUCAGUAGUUCAAGUAGCCAGUUCUUGUAUUUUCAGAUCUAAAAGCAAUGUGCUCAUAGCACAAAGCCUGAUCGUUUUACCUUUACCAUCAUUUCGCAGCGUAAUAAGGCUUGUAAGUUGAGACUGUGCUGCGAUUCGUCGCCAGCCAAUGAAUUAAAUUUCCACAUAGUCCGUUAUAUUAAAUAUUACCGUUAUAAUAAUUAUCGUAGGGAAUCCAAGAAUAGACUUCAAGAACUUUGUCAUUGAAGACUCGAAAACAUUUACGUAAGGAAUUUGCGAAUAUUGAUGCUAUUGCACAAGGGCUCUCACAUCCCAUUUGAUUGUAAUAAAUAAAAAAGACUACGUUCUUCAUCGUAUGUGGGCGUGUGGCGAGAGAUCGGAUCGAUCUUCCGCCUGAGUAUUACGGGUUGCGUGGGCAAAGGGAGAAGAAAGAAGCGAGAAGGGGAGAAGGCUUAAUACCUUCCCCCUCCCUCCUCCGUCCUAUUACAUCUAUUCCCCCUAACUUCUAAGAAAGGCAAGAUACACUAUGUUUACUCAGGCUGGAGAAUUUUCGGAAUAUGCGACCGUCCCAAGACCCACAAAUCUUCUCCGUUCCAGACCUCAAACCAGCUGACGGCAAAAUUCAAAAUGGAUGCCAAAGAAAACACAACGUCAUUCAUGUAACUAUAAUCUGUUCAGAUGUGAGCAACCUGUGCAAGGGCUUUUUUUUGGGGGGGGGGUGGGGGGAGGGGGGGGUGGGAGUGAACUUUCUUUGCUCUACCUUAUGCCCAUCCCCCACGCCUUGAGAUUGCGCCCAGGCUACCAUAGUGCAAUACCCUAGCUACUACUAUCAUCGUUACGAGAAAAUCGUCUUUGGUCUAGGCCUAUAACGCAUGCGUGGGAAGGUGGAGUUUCCUUGUCCAAGACAGACACGUCUCUUAUCAAGAUGUGCGUGACUAAAGCGGAGUACGAUGAACAUAGCAAGGAUAUUUGUAGAGAAAAACUUGACUCGUAACGUCAUGGAUACACAUCGCUCAGAACUGAUGUUAUAACUAUGCGCCAUGAAGAAUCAAAGAAAAGUAGGUAAAAGGCUGCGAGGAAGCUGUGUCUUUGUUGGCCUGUGCCUCUUAAUAGGUGAUCAAGAUUUCAUGCGCGACGUAUGACCAACUAUGUGCGUAUGACGCUCAAGUUAGAGACAUCUAAGGAAAUUUCCCGGCGCCCUCGUCAAAACCACUGGCCGGGGUUGUAACUAUGCAUUUCUACCGCCUGUUGUUCACUGGCAUGAAUUCUGAUCGGUAGAAACUAUUCCUCUUGCAGGACUGAAUUUUGCAGUUAGUAACGGUUUUAGCUCGGCCCCUUGGUGCUGUUCAUACAUUCGUCUUUCUUCUUAUGUUGACGGAAAUGAUUUUCACACUUGUGUUAAAUCUACACCCAAAAUUAAAAGCAAUAAAGGGAAUCUCCUUUAUUUAUUUUUAGAUUUCAGUGGAAUGCGAGGUAGGGGUAAAGGAGAGGAGUGAGUAUGAGCAGGACUUUGUUUUCCAGAAGCAGAUUAAGUUCUAACCAUGUGAUUGCCUCUGUUACCCAACUGCAACUUAACCUUGUAAUCCAUAAAGUAAUGUCCCUUUACAGGUACUUAUUGUUACCUAGCUAAUUUUGUAAAGGUUAAUAGGUAAUCUUUAUUCUCCAUGAAGACCUGCACGAACAGAAUUUCUUGGACAAGUCAUUGUUUUCGAAGUUGUCGAGUAAGUGUUCAGUCCCAAAUGUUCUCUUCGCUUUAAUAUGGAGUCCGCUUUUCAAAACAUGUCACAGUCCAAGCUCAUUAACAAGGUGUAUGUGUACUGCACGGUACGAAGUGGGAAAGUGAAAAUGAAAUAUUUAUUCUGCCAUUAAUUUUUUUUUUAUUUCAGUUCAUUUUUAUUUUUCCUUUGUUUCAAAUUCUUUAGCAUACAUUACUAUACCCAAAAACAAAGAAAAUCAAAAAUCAACUGACAUGAAAAAUUAACUGCAACAUUACGUCUGCCUUAUCUCGUCAGUCUGAGGAAAGUUGGCAAAGCUCCGCUUUAGAAGUUUCACGUCCUAAAGUAGAAUGAGUUACAAUUCCCAUCAAUAUUAAAGGAUUAAGAAAUGACUACCAUUCGUUGUUAUUUUUGAAGAUCAAUGUAAAGUCAUUUUCCCAGAGCUUGACAGAUGGCCUGGCACAAUCCUAUCGUAAUUUUAAUAAAUCACCGACGUCACCUUCAUUAUCGAUCAAGUUCUAUAUUCUCAACACUGCUUUCAAUCUGAUCAGAAUGCAGUUUUCAUUUUCUACUCCCUCAUUAUUUUACUUCCGGUUUGUUAAAAUGUUAUAUUCUCUUAAAAUUUUACUCGGAAACAGUAAAUGAGAAUAUUUUCCUCGAUCAAUUGAAUCGAUACAGCCUUUUAAUGGCAAACGAGGCGAGAAUUCGUCAGAGGUAUCGACGACACCCGAAGCGCACAUGUCAAGCCCCGAGAAGCUGCAUCUUACCCUUAUUUUCACCAGGCACAAUUCACAUCCUCAGUUUGAAGUUUUGAGGUUGUUGUUCUCCUCCUUCUCUUUCACUGUAGUGUCAAGGGUCAUCAAGCAGUUUAGUUUACGCGUACUCUAAUAUCCUCUGUGACAUUGCUGAAUGGUUUCUUAAUAUUCUUAAAACUUUACGGAGCGCUUUAACAAAAAUUCCGUCUUGUUAAGAAAAGUAAUUUGUAACCGCGCAGAGUGGCCAGUUUACAGAAGAUAGCUUUUGACCAAACCAAAAUGAGCCGCCAUUCCACCUCGCUGAUUGUUCCAUGACCCAAUGGCUCUACAAUUUCCACUUUCAGGACAAAGUCUUCUGCAGCAUGGAACGGUUAAUUUCACCGUUGUAUCUCCAAGCCUGCUACACUGAAGAACCGUGCAAUAUCCUCAGGUAUUUUCCAGCUCCAGUAACAUCCGUGUUCUUGCAUCCAUCAGCCAUGAAAACAAAUCGCUAAGUGUGCACGAUUCAGCAGUCGUUUGGACUACAGAUGUGACACAGAACAGCUUCCGCAUUUGCGUGCUAGAGUCAGGCCUUGGUACUAAUGGAUCCGCUGUAGUGAACUGGAUUGCGUUUCGUGGCACGCCCUCUGGCGCCUUCGACGGCGCCGCCUCCUUCAACGCGUUCACCAGCGGAACAAAAUGUGAAAGAGUUGACUUUGCUCAGGCAUAGUUUCGAUGCCGCGUUGUUUUCUUUUUAAGCGUUCACAAAUUAUUUGUAGAAACCAACAGGGCGUCUUAGAACUGGUGAAAUUUUCCAGAGAGUUAGCUACAUUGGGAGAAGAGUAGGGAUGCUUUCUCCCUACCCGUAUCAGUACGGACAAUUAUUGGGAUGGUUGCCAGGGGGAAGUUAAGUACUUACUUGUAUGGUUUAUUGAUAUUUAACUUAGAAAUGUCACCGCAAUGUUCCCACUUAGUUAUACUUAACGAGAUAAUGCUACUCGAGGGACUUUCAGCUUUUGUAACAAAUGUUUAUAUAACGCCCAGUUACAAAAACAAUGGGAAUAAAAGACCAUUGUGGAUUAUGUCUAUUCCUGACCAUCAAGAAUUAUUGCGUUUUGAGCGAUUAAGUUAGAAAGAACCAACAUUUUAAGCUUUUGUUAAAAUAAUAUUUACCUGACUGUCAAUUCCAAAGUUUCUUUGAGGGGAGGGGUAAACUGCCCACCUACCCCUCUCUUAACGCAAGUAGACAAUAGCUUCUAAAUAAGCCAAAAAGUUUGAUUAAGGGAAGGGUAGGCAGGCAAUCCUAGACCCUAGAAUCUUAUACCGAUCAAAGGCCAGAGUACUCUGGGUGUUACUAUAAUAUCGAGAAAUGAUGUAAUCAUUAUGUCACGAGCAUAGGACAAUGGAAAAAUCUGAGUCUCCGAGAGGAAUUGAACCUAUGGCCUUCCGAACACCGGUCGGAUGCUCUAAUCACUAAGCUGUUCGUAUUCCGUAAACUCAGUACUGGGCUUAUACAUCUUCGUAGGGGGUGUUAGGAUCGCUAAUGGGGCUUAUAAAACGCUUCGAAACAAGCUACAGCAAAGCUUGUCAAAAUUCGUUUUGUAUUUAUUGGGUUUUAAUCAAGCGUCAAACAUGAUAGUUGCAGCGAGAAUGGGGUCCUAUUUCUUUUUUCUACAAGAUUUGCCCAGAGUUAUACGCGUUUCGCCUCGAGUUUUCUCAAACUUUCCGCACUCAUGUUGGCACUUGCAUCUUAGCCUAUUCCUAUUCCUAACGUGAAGACCGUCGUUGAAUUGAAUUAAACCAUGAUGUGCUAGGGACAGCUGCUUUGUACAUGUUAUUAUAAAAAUAUUCAAAAUCCUUGUCAACCGAAACAGCAGCUUUAAUAGCUUCCAUCUUGGUUUGCAGAGGUUUCCUUCUGUCCCAAAAGUGUUGGCAACUGUACGUCAUACGAGCAUCAGCAUGCCACAGGACGCCAUGAACAUGUGGAUAGAAGAGUUGCAGGAAGACCACUUUAGAGUCUGCCUGCGGGAAGUAAAAACAUUUGACGGCAAGCACCAAAAUAUUCAGGUGGUAAGUUGGUCUGUUACGUGAGUUUUAAUUGUUUGUGAGCAAUAAUUUGCACACGAGCUCUGUUGUUGGAUACAGUUUUUGAAUUUAUUCAUUUAACAAUGAGGAUUAUCAAAACACAGUUAGAGUUUUCUGUCAUUUUCAGUUGAGUCUUAUGAAGUAAUAAGAGUCUACUAAGGUAAAAGUAAAAUGAAAUAUUGGGCUGGUCUGUUAAGAUUAUCAAAUCGCCGAAAAAGCCUCAGUGAUCUUCUGAUUCCUUUUGUUAAAAUUUCACCAUCCGGAAGAGUUAUUAGCUUUGUCAGUUUUACAAUUACAGGAUCCUCUUUAUACAGCAAAUACUAAAUUAGCAGCUGAUUACAACAAGUUGUUUUGUUUUCUAGGACUGGUUGGCCUUUACGCAGGGAACUGGUGAGAUGACAUUCCAUGGAAAACUUCAGUUUGAAAACGAUGGGGCUCCACUGGAACGAGACAACUUCGCUUUCUGCAAGGUAAUAGACAAAUUUGGUAGUGGGACGUUGAAAAGGUAGAUAUUUGAAAUUUUACUAGCAACUUAUUUGUCUUGUAGUUGGUAGAGCCAAGCCAUGAUGAACUAGGCUACAAAUCAAAGAAUUCAAUCCGCUUUGGAUUUUAGGAAGUAAUACAAAUAUCAUGUCUUGUGUUGCCUUAAACAUGUGUAGCAAAUGUAAAACGUGAUGAGAAUAAGGGAGAAUGGUACUUUUGCCUUUCCUUUUUCGUCUCUCCUCCCCUUUCCCUGUCCUUUUUAUCAAUAAUUGCAGGCUAACUUUGCUUCUUGUCCUUUCUUUACAGGUUCUUAACUAUACCGAGACGUUUUAUGCACCUCCCGUUGUUAUGGUAACAGUCAGUCAUCUUUAUGACAGCAAUAACGUUUAUUCUGUUAAGCCGGAGAACAAUGUUCUGAACGCCUGGAUAGAGGUAAAAUAGCGAUUUUUUACUGUCAUCCGUACGCUUAAUUGCAACUUGAAAAUUAAUUUAUUUUUACUUUAAAGUAGGCUGCUAACUGAUAGAUCCCCAACAUGUUUAUGUGUUAUCUAAAGUAAUGCGGUGAGUGUUUACGAUUUGUGACCACAGGAAAUAACGAUUUCAACUUUUCGCGUAUGCGUUACGGACUUGGCAGGAAAGGAGAGCCAACAUGAUCCGGUUACUGUUCAUUACACAGUUAUUGGAGGUAAAUAUUCCAGAACUAAGAUGCAGUGUUACUGUCGCUUUUGCGUUGCCUUAGCAUUUCUUUAGUUUCGAUCUCAUAGGCCUCUUGAAACUACUGCAAGGGAUGGUUGAAAGAAGGCUCAAAGAACACUUUCACUCAGUGCUGCCCUUAUGUUUCUCGUACUCGAUUCGAAGAUCCUAAUAAGUAACGAUGAGUUAGGACUUAUAGAUCUAAACAAAUUACAGAAACAGUUAGCAAAUUAAGUCACAAUUAAAAUAAUAAAUUAAAUGAAUGAAUAAAUAAAUAGAUAAAUAAAUAAAUAAAUAAACUUACAUAUGAUCUGGCCAAGAUUUGACAUUUUGAAUUGUUGUGUGUAUCAUUUGUUCACAGAUCUUGACCCGUGCAUCAAUGUUUCCUGCAAGUACUUUGCAGUCUGCAAGGCGUUUGGUCCCAGGGACGCGCGGUACAUUUGCGUGGAUAAUUGUCCCUCAUUCGAGGAGCCUGUGUGUUCCUCCAAUGGAACUACAUACGAUAACGAGUGUGUGUUCCAGCGAGAAAUGUGCCAUCUCCGGGCAAACUUCACUGUCUAUCAUCCAGGAGAUUGUACAGGUAAUUUUGCUUGUGAGUCAUCAUGUUUUGUUGCAUUUUUUAGACAAGUAAGUUCUUCAUUGUUUACUAGCUCCCUGCGGUGUGAAUAAUCUCACAGUUGAAUAAACCUCCUCAUGAUUUUCACUCGUGAGUAACGUUUGAUGUUACCAGCAAGGCAGUGUUUAAAUUCCGCUGACGUACCUUCUCAAAAAUUUGGUUCCAAUUUCCUUUUAAAUUCAGUCUUGAUGAAAGCUUGGUUAAUAGAGGCUUUAUAGUUUCUAGUUGCCAAGCUCUGCUGUCUUCUUUGUGGCUUUUCUUAAAUUCAAUUCAGUCUUGGCUGGACAUUUAUUAACCAAACAGUCUUACAAGUUUUUGUUGUUGUUGUUGUUGUUGUUGUUAUUGUUUGUUUUCAGGAUUCCCUUCCCAAAAAGGCCGUCAUCGCCUCAGUCACAACCCAGUCUGGGCUGAAGCAGUUUGCGAACAAGUUCCACUGGAACCUUACGUCUUUUAUCCUGACAAACCGGUUUAA